ACGUCGUUAAAGCCGCGCCACCUGAUUCACCGCAAGCUCCCGCGUCAAUUACUACUGCUGCUCUACUGCACUACAUCCUCCCUCCUCUUCGAUUUCCCGGAUCAUCUCUUUCAGCCGAUGUGAUCGGAUCCCCUCCACCCCGCGCGCGCCAUGGGCAAGAAGCACGCCGCCGCCGGCAGCGGCGGCGGGUGGCUCGCCGCCGUCAGGAAGGUCUUCCGCCCCUCCAAGGACGCCGCCGACAAGAAGGGUGGCGGCGGCGGCGAUAGGGAGGAGGAGGCGGCGGCGGAGGCUGCGCCGGAGGUCCUUCUGCUGGAGCAUUUCCCGGCGGGCGGGACGUCGCCGUCGGCGGAGGGGACGGGCAAUGAUCAGGGCGGCACGGUGGUGGGGAAAGGGGAGGGUGAGGAGGAGGACGGCGAGGACGGGUACGGCGAGGUGGAGCGCGCGAGGGCGCUGGCGGCAGCGGCGGAGGCGGCGGUGGCGGCGGCCGAGGCCGCGGCGAGGGUGGUGAGGAUGUCGGCGCUCCGGCGCGCGUCGCGGGAGGAGCGCGCCGCCGUGCGCAUCCAGGCAUUCUACCGCGGCUACCUGGCGCGUCGAGCCCUGCGCGCGCUCCGCGGGCUGGUGCGGCUGCAGGCGCUGGUGCGCGGUCACCAGGUGCGGCGCCAGGUCCACCUCACCAUGCGCUGCAUGCAGGCGCUCGUCCGCGCCCAGGCCCGCGUCCGCGCCCGCCGCCUCAUCACCGACCACAUCCACGCCGGCGUCGCCCCGCUCCGCCUCCCGCCCCUUCCUCCCGCCACCGCCGCCGCCACCUACAGCUCCCGGCGACGGGAAGGCGGAUACUCGUGGCAUCCUCUCCGCAACAAUUCGUACCACGCUCAGCUCGGCGAGCGAGACGAGAGCGACGACGACGUCGACGGCGACGGCGGCAAGGUUGGCGAGCACGCGCGGCAGCAGCAGCAGCGGCAACGAGGCAACGACGUCAGGAGCAGGAGCCCUUUCCGGAGCUGGGACGGCAGCAGCCGCACCCCGGAGGAAGACAGGGCCGAGGGCGUGCGCCGGCACGACGCCGCCGCUCGCCGCGAGCGCGCGCGCGCCUACGCCUACGGCUACCAGCAGCAGAGACAAUGGCAGGAGAAGGCCGGCGGCUUCCAAUGGCUGGACAGAUGGAUGGCAGCGCAAGCGCAGCAGCACGCGCCGGAGCCCGACAAGAGCCGCCGCAGAGCCGCCCUGACGGCCGCCGCCGACGGCACCACCAUGCCCGAGAGGACGGUCGAGAUGGACACGACGUCGUACCGGAGCCCGCUCAACUCGCACUCCGCCGCCGUGCAGGGCCGGCCGCCGGCUGUCCCAGGUUACAUGGCGGCGACGCAGGCGGCGCGCGCCAGGGCGCGCACGGCGCCGCCGGCCACCCCGGCGCACGCCAGGAGCCGGUCCGGCGCCGUUCUCGCCGGGGACACGUCGAGCUCGGGGCAGAGCGGCAGCGGCAGCGGCGGCGGCGGCGCGCAUGUACAAAAACCGUGCGCGGUGUACAGCCCGGAAUCGAGAGGCACCGGCGACUGGACGCCGCCACGGCUCGCCGUCAGCAGCCGCGCCACCAGGUUGGUGUACGCUUGAUUCGGCGUGGCGCGCCCAUCCGCGAAACACAAAAUCUGAUGGGAUCGUCAGGGUUGUAACUUGUGCUUUGUGUACUUCCCAAACCAUGGCAGAUUUUGGAUUGCUUUCUUGUUGUUAUACCAAUGUAUAGCUUGCUGUGUGUGGCAAAUGUCUGAAGAUCGUGUAAAAGUUUUGAAUGUUCUGAAAAAAAAAACAAUUGGGGCACAAUAAAGUUAAGAGCCAUUCUCUGUUCAA